GGGAUUCAGAGGUGUCCUCAUGGUCAUCCUCUAGGCGGCGCUGUGUUUAUCAGCUUGUCCUGUGAAUGUGAAAGUGUGUGUAUCCUGCAGUCUUCUGCCAUUGUUACGCGUGUGUGUGUCUGUGUGUGCUCUCUGUGCUCCGCAGUUCGCCGUGUUCCUCCACGCUUCACCAUCGUUCCCACCAGCCACGAGAUCAUGCCGGGCGGCAGCGUGAACAUCACCUGUGUGGCCGUGGGCUCGCCGAUGCCGUAUGUCAAGUGGAUGCUGAACAGCGAGGAUCUGACGCCCGAGGACGAGAUGCCAGUCGGAAGGAACGUUCUGGAGCUCAACGGCGUUCGGGAGUCGGCCAACUACACCUGCGUGGCCAUGAGCAGCCUGGGCAUCAUCGACGCGGUGGCACAAGUCAUCGUCAAGUCUUUACCCAGAUCUCCGGGGACCCCCAUUGUCACAGAAACGACCCCCACCAGCAUCACCAUCACCUGGGACUCAGGGAACCCGGACCCGGUGUCCUACUACAUCAUCCAGUACCGCGCCAAAUCCCCGGACAGCAAGUUCGAGACGGUGGAGUCCAUCACCACCACGCGCUACAGCAUCGGCGGGCUGUACCCCAACACCGAGUACGAGAUGCGGGUGUCUGCGGUGAACAGCAUCGGGCAGGGGCCGCCCAGCAGCCGGACGGAGGCCCGCACCGGAGAACAGGCGCCCGCCAGCCCCCCGCGCAACAUCCAGGCCCGCAUCAUCUCCUCCAGCGCGGUGAUGGUGCGCUGGGACGAGCCCGAGGAGCCCAACGGCCUGAUCAAGGGCUACCGCGUCUACUACACCCUGGAGCCCUCGCUGCCCGUCAGCGCCUGGCAGAUCCAGCACGUGCAGGACAGCACCAUCACCACCGUGCAGAGCCUGCUGCCCUCAGAGACAUACACCUUUCGGGUGCUGGCCUUCACUGCGGUGGGCGACGGACCCUUCUCUGACCCCGUACAUGUCAAAGUCAGACCCGGAGUUCCGGGUCAGCCAGGGAAGUUCCAGGCAGGCAGAGUGACGGACACCAGCGUGGAGCUGAGCUGGGAACCGGCCUUCUCCAAAGAGCCCAUCAAAGCCUACCAGCUGAUCUAUAAAGCUCCGGAGAUCAGCUUUGAGGAGAAGAAGAGUCUGGAGCCUCGGCUGUCGUAUGUGGUGGAGAAUCUGCAGGCGAACACUGAGUACAGCUUCUCUCUGGCCGCCGUCUCCAGUAAAGGCAUCGGAGCGUUCAGCAACGAGAUCCGACGGCGCACCGCGCAAGCCAACGUGCCGAGGAAUUUCUCUGUGAAUUUGGCCACAAAGACGAGUGUGUUGCUGACCUGGGAGUUUCCGGAGAGCAGCGCCCCCUACCCCUUCACUGUGGAGUACAACAAGAAGACGGUGGUGGUGGACGCGCGGCUGAGGAAGGCCGUGAUCCCGAACCUGGAGCCGAACACCAGCUACGACUUCAAGAUCACGCGUGAGUCUUCAGGGAACAUGAGCGGCCUCAGACACCGCAUACACGCCAAAACAUCUCCACGAAUCCUGAUCCGCCGGCCCGAGCUGGACCACACCCGCGAGACCGAGACCACCCUCACCCUCAUACUGCCCUCUCUGGACAGCCAGAGCAACGUCAGGAACAUCUAUGUGGUGGUGGUUCCUCUGAAGAGAGGCAGAGGAGUGAACCGACAGCUGAAGAGUCCUGAUGAGAUGGACCUGGAGGAGCUGCUGAAGGACAUCAGUCAAAAGCAGCGGGACCCACGCCAGCGUCAGGUGGACCUGCGGCGGGCAUACAUCACUGCCCGCUUCACGCCCGCCACCCUCCCUGCCUUCUUCACCCUGGGGAACCAGCAAGACUACGGCGGCUUCGACAACCGUGCGCUGGAGGCGGGACAGGAGUAUGUGUUCUUCAUCCUGGCAGAGCUCAACUCCACCACCGGGAUGUUUGUGGCCAGCCCGUACACAGACCCGGUGAUCGCUCCAGACUCGGACCCGCAGCCGCUGGAUGCCGGUGACGGCCUGAUCUGGGUGGUGGGACCCGUGCUGGCGGUCGUCUUCAUCAUCUGCAUCGUCAUCGCCAUCCUGCUCUACAAGAAGUGCGUCUCAACAGCACUCACACACGCACACAUGCACACACACACACACACAUACACAUCCACACAUACACCCACACAUGUACACACAUGCAAACACACAUACACACUCAGAUGUGUGACCGUGACCUUUGACCCUGCAGGAAUGAUGAGUCACCCGCCGAUCCCCGUGUCUGAGCUGCCCGAGCACAUGGAGCGCCUGAAGGCCAACGACAACCUGCAUCUGUCGCAGGAGUACGAGUCGAUUGACCCUGGGCAGCAGUUCACGUGGGAACACUCCAACCUGGAGGUAAACAAGCAGAAGAACCGCUAUGCUAACGUGAUCGCGUAUGACCACACACGCGUGAUCCUGGCUCCAGUCGACGGCAUUAUGGGUAGUGACUACAUCAAUGCUAACUACAUCGACGGCUACAGGAAGCAGAACGCCUACAUCGCCACACAGGGGCCGCUGCCCGAGACCUUCGCAGACUUCUGGAGGAUGGUGUGGGAGCAGCGGGCGGCAACGGUGGUGAUGAUGACCCGACUGGAGGAGAAAUCACGGGUGAAGUGUGAUCAGUACUGGCCCAGUCGUGGCACAGACUCAUUCGGGGCGGUGCAGGUCAGUCUGCUGGACACUAUGGAGCUGGCCACCUUCUGUGUGCGCACCUUCUCUCUGCACAAGAACGGCUCUAAUGAGCGCAGGGAGGUCCGUCAGUUCCAGUUCACCGCCUGGCCUGAUCACGGCGUUCCCGAAUAUCCCACUCCAUUCCUGGCAUUCCUGCGCAGAGUCAAGGCCUGCAACCCACCGGACGCUGGACCCGUCAUCGUACACUGCAGCGCUGGCGUGGGCCGCACCGGCUGCUUCAUCGUGAUCGACGCUAUGCUGGAGCGUCUGCGUCAGGAGCGAGCGGUGGAUGUGUACGGUCACGUCACCCUGAUGCGCUCGCAGCGGAACUACAUGGUGCAGACGGAGGAUCAGUACGGCUUCAUCCACGAGGCGCUGCUGGAGGCCGUGGCCUGCGGGAACACGGAGGUGGCGGCGCGGAGCCUCUACGCCUACAUACAGACGCUCACACAGACCGAGGCUGGAGAACACGUCAGCGGGAUGGAGCUGGAGUUCAAGCGUCUGGCCAACUCUAAAGCACACACGUCCAGGUUCGUGAGCGCUAAUCUGCCCUGCAACAAGUUCAAGAACCGGCUGGUCAACAUCAUGCCGUACGAAACCACGCGUGUGUGUCUGCAGCCAAUCAGAGGCCUGGAAGGGUCCGACUACAUCAACGCCAGCUUCAUCGACGGAUACAGGCAGCAGAGGGCAUAUAUCGCCACCCAGGGGCCGCUGGCGGAGACCACAGAGGACUUCUGGAGGAUGCUGUGGGAGCACAACUCCACCAUCGUGGUGAUGCUGACCAAACUGCGGGAGAUGGGGAGGGAGAAGUGCCAUCAGUACUGGCCUGCGGAGCGCUCGGCUCGAUACCAGUACUUUGUGGUGGACCCCAUGGCAGAAUACAACAUGCCGCAGUACAUCCUGAGAGAGUUCAAGGUCACCGACGCCAGGGACGGACAGUCCAGGACGGUCAGACAGUUCCAGUUCACCGACUGGCCAGAACAAGGAGUCCCAAAGUCAGGGGAGGGGUUCAUUGACUUCAUUGGACAGGUGCAUAAAACCAAGGAGCAGUUUGGUCAGGAUGGACCAAUCACAGUGCACUGCAGUGCGGGUGUCGGGCGUACAGGAGUGUUCAUCACCCUCAGUAUCGUGCUGGAGCGCAUGCGUUACGAAGGCGCCGUCGACAUCUUCCAGACCGUCAAGAUGCUUCGCACGCAACGGCCGGCCAUGGUGCAGACUGAGGACGAGUACCAGUUCUGCUAUCAGGCCGGGCUGGAGUACCUUGGGAGUUUUGAUCACUAUGCAACAUAAGAGCUGAUGAACGCCGACAUGAUCAACACCUUCCCCCUUCGACAACCCCGCAAAAACACCCGCAGAGGAACGACAACCAGAAACACACACACUUACAGCGGCGCGGAGCAGACGAUCUCUCAGGACCUCUCCGCGACGCGCCACGCAAACUAUUACCUCAGUGUUCAAAUAUUGAUAUUAAUGUUGUGGUGGGCUUUCUAGAAAUAUUAAACUGUGGAUGAAGAUCUUCUUUGUAACAAGAGGAACUGGUUACAUGUACAAAACCUAUUUAAAGCAAAACAACAACAACAAAAGAUAAAAA